UAUUGUCAAAUGUAUAAACAUACAAUAAAUAUCUCAAUGAAAAUUUUAAUAUGCAUAAUUUAAAUUACUAUUUCAGAUACAAUAAUAGUGCUAUACAAUGUGCCAAACAAUUAACGAAAAUAAAACUAGAUAGGACAUCUUUGGGUGAGAUGUGUUUGUCCGAGUAUUACAACAAAACUGCCUGUAUUGGGAAGAAUUUGAUGUACCGUAGUGCUGACGGUUCUUGUAACAACUUGAAACAUUCCUCAUUGGGAAAGUCAACCACGGCAUAUAAACGUUUGCUGUCUCCAAUCUACUUAAAUGGUGUUAACACGGUUAGAACAAUAGAUCUACCCGGACCUAGAUAUCUAAGCAAUGUAUUAUUAAAAGAAGAGCACACCCCUGACCCCGUAAAAACUAUGGCAAUGGCGUACUGGACGAUGUUUAUAGGCCACGAUCUAUCACACACGGCAAUGUCUAAUAUGAGUAGGAUUAAAUACAUUACCGUAUAUAUAUAUUGAUUGGUCGUAAUUAAUGCAUGUGAAUAUUUAAUUAAAUCCAUAGGGAAAUCAAAAAUACCAUUGAACUGUUGUUAUGAUAACGGAACGAACCUACCUUCUUCAUUAAGACAUAAACUGUGCAUGGAAGUAGAGAUACCGGAGGACGAUCAUUUUUUUGUUUUACCACUAACAAGAAGAUCGUGCAUGAACUAUGUGCGCUCGGUGGCAGCGAUGCGUUCAGAUUGUACAUUUGGACCCAGGGAACAAGUAAUGGCUAUAUAAAAUAGUAUAUCGAUAUAAGCUUAAAUAUAUUAUUUUAAUAAUGAUUAAAAUAGAUGUAGAAACCAUUUUAUGGAAAAGGCGUUGCAUCCAAAUCCCUAUAAGAUGUUACACAGUA